GGCCGGCGCAGAGACUCGCUGGCGUCCGCAGCCGCGGAGGCGGAAGAUGGCGGCGGCGGCGGCGGCGGCCGGGCGGCGGUGAGGAGCGCGGCGGCGGUGGCGGAGGACGGCUGAUGGCGGCCGGGUGGCGCCCUCGGGGACCCGCGGGCCGGUAGGGUGCGACGCUGGGCGGCAUGUCGGAGCACGCGGCUCCCGGGGCCCCGGCGCCCGGGCCCAACGGUGGCGGCGGAGGCCCGGCCCCCGCGCGCGGGCCUCGCACCCCCAAUCUCAACCCCAACCCGCUCAUCAACGUGCGCGACCGGCUCUUUCACGCGCUCUUCUUCAAGAUGGCUGUCACCUACUCGCGGCUCUUCCCGCCCGCAUUCCGCCGGCUCUUCGAGUUCUUCGUGUUGCUCAAGGCGCUGCUCGUGCUCUCCGUGCUGGCCUACAUCCACAUCGUCUUCUCCCGCUCGCCCAUCAACUGCCUGGAGCACGUGCGUGACAGAUGGCCGCGCGAGGGCAUCCUGCGCGUGGAGGUGCAGCACAACUCGAGCCGCGCGCCCGUCUUCCUGCAGUUCUGUGACGGCGGGGGUCACGGCAGCUCCCCGGGCCUGGCCGCGGAGCCGGGCGGCGUGGAGCUGGAGGAGGAGGAGGAGGAGGAGGAGGAGCUGACCCUGGAGAUGUUUGCGAACAGCUCCGUCCAGUUCGAGCUGGACAUAGAGCCCAAGGUGCUGAAGACACCAGGUGGUGAGGCCCUGAAUGGCAGCCGGGACUUCCCUUUCCCUGAGACGCCCACUAAAGCGUGGCCACAGGACGAGUACAUCGUGGAGUACUCUCUGGAGUACGGCUUCCUGCGGCUGUCCCAGGCCACGCGGCAGCGGCUUAGCAUCCCCGUCAUGGUGGUCACCCUGGACCCCUCACGGGACCAGUGUUUCGGCGACCGCUUCAGCCGCCUGCUGCUGGCCGAGUUUCUGGGCUAUGACGACAUCCUCAUGUCCAGUGUGAAGGGCCUGGCCGAGAACGAGGAGAACAAGGGCUUCCUCCGGAACGUGGUGUCCGGGGAGCACUACCGCUUCGUGAGCAUGUGGAUGGCCCGCACCUCGUACCUGGCCGCCUUUGUCAUCAUGGUCAUCUUCACCCUGAGCGUGUCCAUGCUGCUCCGCUAUUCCCACCACCAGAUCUUCGUCUUCAUUGUGGACCUGUUGCAGAUGCUGGAGAUGAACAUGGCCAUCGCCUUCCCCGCAGCACCCCUGCUGACCGUCAUCCUGGCCCUCGUUGGGAUGGAGGCCAUCAUGUCCGAGUUCUUCAACGACACCACCACGGCCUUCUACAUCAUCCUCAUCGUGUGGCUGGCCGACCAGUAUGACGCCAUCUGCUGCCACACCAACACCAGCAAGAGGCACUGGCUGCGGUUCUUCUACUUGUACCACUUCGCCUUCUACGCCUACCACUACCGCUUCAACGGGCAGUACAGCAGCCUGGCCCUGGUCACCUCCUGGCUCUUCAUUCAGCAUUCCAUGAUCUACUUCUUCCACCACUACGAGCUGCCUGCCAUCCUGCAGCAGAUCCGCAUCCAGGAGAUGCUGCUUCAGACCCCGCCCCUGGGCCCCGGCACCCCCACCGCGCUGCCCGACGACCUGAACAACAACGGAGGCGCCCCCGCCGCCACCCCUGACACUGCGGGCCAGGCCCCCACACUGGGUCCCAGCUUGCCAGGAGCCGGUGAGGGCCCCAUGCCCGUGGCCGAGGCACCCAGCUCCCUGGUAGCUGCGGCGGCCUCAGUGGCUGCAGCGGCCAGUGGUGAACUAGGCUGGAUGGCGGAGACAGCUGCCAUCAUCACCGAUGCCUCUUUCUUGUCUGGCCUGAGUGCCUCCCUGCUAGAGCGGCGGCCGGCUACACCCCUGAGCCCUGGCGGGGGGCUCCCCCGUUCCCCCCAGGACCGCACCCCCAUGAGUGACUCCCCGGUGCAUGACGCAUCCCCUUCGACCGCUGCAGUGAGCGGGCCCAGCCCCGCGUCCACAGCCUGCGCAGAUGCGCCCUUGGAGGUCGGCUCUUGAGCCUGGUAGCUGACUGCCUCUGACCCUGGCCGACCUGGAGGGAGCCCCUGGGGGCCAGGAGGGUUGGGCCUGGUGGCUCUGGGGGCGCCUUGCCUGCCUUGGGUGGUGGUGGCUCACCGGGUCUGCCUGCAGUGCCUCUCCCCCAGGCACAGGCCUGCCCUCAGCCAACCCCUACCAUGCCUGUGGUGGCCCCCCUCAGCCAGCCAGUCGAGGCAGGCCUGAAAGUAGGGCAGGAGAGGGGCAGGGGCCCCAUGGAAGGUUCUGAAAGGGGUUGGUGAAAGGUCUGGAACGAGCUACCCCAGGAGCAGGGUUGGCGGGUCCUUGAGCGAGGUGGGCACAGGUGGGGCCCCCCAGCUGCCCAGCUGGUUCUCCGUGCUGCGCAGUGCCUUUUCCACGGCCCCUGCCCCCCUGUGCGUGUGCUGGGACUGGGUCCCGGAGGGCAGGGCUCCACCGGGGGCACAGGGACGUGAGGUGUAUGCUCCAGCCUCACAGGCAGCAGCAGGGGGCUGGGGGCAGCCAUCAUCGGCCAGAGGGGUGGUAGUCAAACCAGAUCGCUUGGUGAGGGAUGCAGAGGAGCACGUAUUCCAUCCUAUUUAAUUGCAGUGUACAAAGGGUGUUUGUAUAUAGAAUAAACUGUUGAUGGC